AUGCAGAGUAAAACAUUCAUAACAUUGUCCUUUCUGAUUUUAACCAUUAUUUCAUCGGUUCAUUCUUGGAUUACCAUAGGUUUAUCCUAUGGAAUAUGCAAACUCACCUUUACUGAUGAUGUAAUCCACAUCAACGAGCACGACGCUCAUUUUUAUACCAAUUCCACAAAGGUCAAGAAAAUAGAAUCCAAUAAUCAAACCUCAACUGGGUUUGUACUUAAUGUCACUAUGUACGGGUGUGUAAAUAAUUGUGGUUGGUCAUUUGACCUAAAAGUAGAUAAUAAAACAAAGACAGUUACGCCGGUUGCUAGUAAACAGCUUCCUUAUACCUGUGUGAACAACCCAACCACGUGGCCAGUUGAUCUGGAAGCCAAAGUUUUGAGUGUUGGAGAUACUCCUAAUCCAGAUUAUCCUUUUUCUUUUAACCUUGCUAUGCAUUAUUGUAAAAAUAAUUACAACAUAGACAACAACACCGCAAUAACUAGCAAAGAUGAUAAAAAUAAUUUUGAUUGUCUCUACGAUUAUUCCAAUCAAAUGUAUGAUCCUAAAACUAUCUUUGAUUUUGAACAUGAUGGGGCUCGAUGGCCAUUUAUGGGACAAAAACCUGCUGCUUUAUCUUUAGCUGCAACAAUAGAUAAUGCUUUUAGCUUUUAUCAGAACCACUACCUAGGAUUAAAAUAUUCUUUUAGUAACAUUUCUGAAAAUAUUUAUGAUCAUCUAACCGAUUUUGCUCCAUUCUAUAAUCAUGCACCGGAUGACUCGAUUUCUUAUGAUAUUACUGGCACACUACAAUUAUUCACUGAUCAUUUUAAUUUGAAUUUACUCAAAGUAGGAACAAUCUUUGUUGACUCAGUUUCUGAUCAACCAAGUUUUCUUGAUAAAAGUGGAAACCCAUUACAACGAACUGUAUAUUUAACAGAAUUUUACUACAGAGUGCCUUUUGAUGCCACUGGUUGGAUGAAAAAUACUUUUAAAAAUUUUGGUUCAGAUAAAGAUUCAUAUUUACAAACUAUUAUUGGUAAAUUGCCCAAUAUGGUGAAUGGAAAUAUUGAUGUAUUCACACCUUCAACUUAUUGGCUUGCAGCACCUUUUUAUAUGCCCAUCGAAUUAGUUAAUUUUGGUAGUGUAGAUGUUAGGAACUUUGCACAACCUACCCUUAAUGCAGCAGUGGCAAGCACCAUCCUCAAUCAUUAUGGCUUUACCUAUUGUAACCACGUAGAUCAAGAUCUCUGUGGUUCAUGUUGUUUGGCAGAAGGAAUUGCUACUCCAUAUGGAGGUGGUUGCGUGGUUAUUGGUAGAUAUGACUGUGUAACGCAAUAG